AAUCUCGACACCUAGGAACGGGACGCCGAUUGCAAUUUCCAUCUAUUCGGAUACUAUUUACAGUAUAUUUUGAUUCCGACGUAAUUCUCACUUGUGUGAAAUUCAGUAUGGACAAACCACAGAUCAUAAUUCAUGCUACAAAAUCCUUGAACAUAACGCUAUACGACGUGAAAUGGAUCCCCAGAAGUGCCCGGUUCGUUGUGCUUGGUUGCCACCCGAGACAGACGGGGGCUUUGCAAGUGUUCGAGAUGGAUCAAGGGGAACCUAAAUUAAUACACGAGGUGGAAAAGAAAGAAGCCUUCAAAUGUGGAACAUUUGGAGCUGCUAGUUUGAAGCAGAGGGAUUUAGCCACGGGAGACUUCAAUGGCAAUAUGAGAAUUUGGAACCUAGAGAAAUUGGAGAGACCAGUUUAUUCUGUAGCUGCACACAAGGAGAUCAUUAACUGUAUUGAUGGAGUUGGAGGUCUUGGCGUUGGUGAAGGAGCACCUGAGAUAGCAACAGGGAGCAGAGAUGGCGCUGUAAAAAUUUGGGAUCCAAGACAGAAAGACAAACCGGUAGCUUGUAUGGAACCUGCUGAUGGGGAGAGCAAGAGAGAUUGUUGGACUGUGGCUUUUGGUCAUGCACAUAAUGAUGAAGAUCGAUGUGUAGCAGCUGGAUAUGACAAUGGUGAUAUUAAAUUGUUUGAUCUCAGGAACAUGCGCAGGGGCUAGCACGACUCUUUAAGAUGGGAAACAAAUAUUAGAAAUGGGAUAUGUGGUCUAGAGUUUGAUCGUAAGGAUAUCGACAUGAAUAAACUAGUGGCUACCACCCUUGAAGCCAAGUACCAUCUCUUUGAUAUGAGGACACAACAUCCAAAGUCUGGCUUUGAGUCUCUCAGUGAAAAAGCCCAUAAAUCAACAGUAUGGUGUGCAAGACAUCUGCCUCAAAACAGAGAUGUCUUUAUGACUUGUGGCGGUUCUGGCACUAUAAAUCUGUGGAAAUAUGAAUACCCAACAUCGAGAGUACAAGAAGACUCCAAUGGUGUAAAGAAAGGUGUAAUGGGAUCUGUGUCUAUGCUACAGAGUGUUGGGAUAUCAUCACAGCCUGUAGCAGGGUUUGAUUGGAGUCCAGACAAGGCUGGUCUGUGUGUUUGCUCAUCGUUUGAUCAGUGUAUCAGGGUACUCAUUGUCACCAAGCUAGCAACAUUAUGAUGACUAUGAUGUCAUACAGAAUACUUUAUCUGGGAACAUUUUUAUCUGGAGGAAAUACAGGAUGCAUUGUCUUUGUGAGCUGGCCUUCAUAACAAACCCAUGAAUAACUGUCUUUCAGUGCAUAUUUCCCAUGGACGGUGGAUGGAUGGAGCAUUGUGCCCUUUAACACAAAGUCAGGUGUUUGAUCAUAAGAUUUUUGUUGUGAUUGAUUGCACAUACUUGUAAUGCAGUCAGUCAUGAAAAAAAAUGGAAAUGAAGGUUUGUUUUACUUAGCCUAGGGUCCUGUUGCAGAAAGAAUUGCGUUUAACCGCAAGUCAAAAAAUCAAUCGCAAGUCCCAAAUGCGCGCUGCUAAUUGGUUGAAAAUCAAGUUGCGCAUGAUUUUUGGAGUUAGGAUUGAUUUCAAGUCUUUCUCCAACGCAUUCAAGUCCAGGGAAUAAGUUCGCUUUACAAAUUUGAAUAGCAUUUUUGGUCAUAAGAUAAAAGCUCUCAAUUAAGUAAUGUACAGCCCUAUGUAAAAAUAUGCUAUACGAAAAACUUUAAGCAUAGCAGUCUUUCAAAAAUGUGGAGAAAAUUGCGAUGCAAUACCAAGAAAAUUAUUUCCUGAAGUCAUGUAUUUGUUUUUGUGUUUUGACCCUACAUUUUUUUUUCCUUCCUCUAAUUCUUGGCAUUUUGAAUGCUUUAGGUGAUAACUCACAAGACGUACAUUCAUUGUCUACAAUUAGCUGAGUGAAGUUACUACAAUAUUCCAUUCGUUUAAAUAAACAAAAAAUAUUUAUUUUUUAAUGAAAAUAAGCUAGUAGGAUUAAUGUUUUCACCAACAUCCAGAAUUUUGAUACGCUGGAUUUUUUUUUAGGAAAAACAAAAGAAACUUGUAAUAACUGUGCUGACUUAUUACAUUGAUCAUUGACUAUGAAUGUAAUGCUUGCUUGCUCAUUUGAAGACCUCUCCACAUCUGGGCCAUGCAACACAAAACAUAGUGCUCGAUUAGCUUAUACAAUCAAGUCAUUAUACAAUAAUUUGCUAAGCUUUGUGAAAUGGGCCUGUUUCAUAACGCUUUUUGUUAACAAGAAAGUACUACUGGGCUAAAAUUCACUUAGAACAGCAGGUAAAAAAUGAUUUUAAUUUGCCUCCUUACAAUUUGUGGUAUUAUAACUUGGCAUGGAGAUCAUUGGGAGGCAUUGGAUGGACAAAGUCUCCUUCCAGAAAAGGAUUCUUGUAACAUAAAGUUUGAAAUUAAAAAAGUGUGACUACAAAGGAUGUAAUAUCUGGAACACAAUUUUUAAUUAGAUCAAGUUUCUACUAAAAAUAACAAGUGUGACAGAAUAGAGUACUACAAAGUCUGUAUAUAUUUUAUGUAAAUAAAAUCAGUUUACAAUGUA